AAGGUGAGAGUGAGGCUGGUCGUCGUCGUUCCCGCCUUCCUUUCACUUGGAACUCUUCAAUACUUCCAACAUGGCUGACAAAGAAGACACCGAGAAUUCUCCUGCCCAGGAUUUAGUCGUCACCAAAUAUAAAAUGGUCGGCGACAUGGUCAAUGGAAUCCUAAAACUUGUCAUUGGAGAAUGUAAAGCUGGUAAAUCUGUCAUCCAAAUUUGCAAAUUUGGAGAUGAAUUAUUGCUUGAAGAAACAUCUAAAGUAUUCAAGAAAGAUAAAGAAAUGAAAAAAGGUUUGGCAUUUCCUACUUGCAUAUCCGUCAACAACUGUGUGUUUUUUAGAGCCAUAUCCAUAUCUGACCAUAAUAAAAGUACAUCAAUGCUGCUGGUCGUUGAAUGCUACAGUGAUUUAGGUGCCCACGUUGAUGGUUUCAUUGCAGUGGUUGCACAUACUCUGGUUAUUGGAUCUUCUGUUGAAAAGAAAGUGAAGGGCCGAAAAGCAGAUGUUUGUCUUGCCGCCCACUUGGCCAGUGAAGCUGCACUCCGCCUUGUAAAACCUGGAAAUAUUAAUUAUACUGUCACUGAUGCCAUCCAGAAGGUAGCUGAAUCUUUCAAGUGUAAACCUGUUGAAGGGAUGUUAUCACAUCAGCUAAAGAAGCAUGUGAUUGAUGGUGAGAAGGCCAUCAUUUUGAACCCUACAGACGCCCAAAGGAAAGAUCAUGAGAAAUGUGAAUUUGAAGUGCACGAUGUGUAUGCCAUUGAUAUUUUAGUCAGCACUGGUGAAGGAAAGGGAAAAGAAGUUGACACAAGGACGACAAUCUACAAGAAAAAAGAUGCGAUUUACCAAUUGAAGAUGAGAGUCUCUCGCCGUAAGUUUUUGUUUUUAAAUUCAAUGUUAGAAAUUAUUUCAAGGUGGUGGAUUGCUAGAAUCAUUGGAACAUUGGACAAAAUGUCUUACAGUAUUUAUUUCGACUGGGGUUGUGUGCGACCCUGUGCUUCAUUGACCCUUUAUCUCUCUAAUUGGUUGUUGUUGUUGUAUUUCAGAUUGUUUGAAGAUGAAAAGAAGGCUAAAAUGGGAUUAAUGGAGUGUGUCAAGCAUGAGUUGAUGCAACCUUACAAUGUUCUAUAUGAAAAAGAAGGAGAGUUUGUUGCCCAGUUUAAAUUCACUAUAAUAUUAAUGCCAAACGGACCAUUGAAAAUCACCAACCCGCCUUUUGAUAGCUCUAUUUAUGAAUCAGAACAUUCAGUAACUGAUGAAAAGUUGAAGGCUCUUUUAGCAAGUUCAGCUGAACGGAAAUGUGUAAAGAAGAAGAAGAAAAAAGCCGACCGAAUGAUGGCUGAGAAUGCAGACGCCAUCCAAAAAUGUGAAGGGAAGGUCCACUGAUGAUAAACUGAUGAUGAACCAACUGUACUUGGCCUGGAAUAUCUGCCUCUAGCAAAUUACUUGCUGCUGGCUUGUAGUUCAAAGGACAUGUAGCUUUUUUAUAUAAGAGACUGCUUGCUACUGGUUCGGUUUGCCACACCAUUGCCAGUUCAAAGCAGUCAAUUUCUCUUUCUCUCUCUCUCCUUCUCUCUAUUUACAGCUCUCUCUAUCUCUCUCUCUCUCUCUCUCUGAUUCCCAAUGUCUAAAAGUGGACAAUUUAUGUCAAAAGCUGAGUAGUUUUAAUGAAAUGUCACUUGGAAAAUCAUAGACAAGAAGCUUUUCUUUUUUUUCUUAUUGUCAUACUAGUCCAUUUUACACAUUUUAUUUUUUAAUAUAUAUGCAUAUAUAUAUAUAUAUGUAUAUAUAUAUAACUGCUAUUAAACAGUUGUCACAGGAAACAGGCUCAAGCUUAACUAGCUUUUUUAUUUUUAUAAUUUUUUUGGUUCCACUUAAAAUAAUGUAAAUUUAAUUUGGAAAAAACAAAAAGGGAGAGGAAACAAAACAAUAUUAAAGCAUGAAAUCUUCCAAAAAAUUAAAUUUAUUUGUGGAUUCAAUAAAUAGCUUAUUAAACUGUUAAUUACAAUGAUUCCAAGGGUAACCAAGGUUGAGUUGAUUAAAAGAUCAGACGAACCAAUCUUCUGAAGAAAUUGGCCAGGAAUUUGUAUCUCCUUUGCUUUCUGCACCUGAAUAAGACAUCUUUGGAGAAUUUAGUCUUUAUUUACUCAGCUGGAAAAUGGGUAAAGUUGCUCAGAAAAAGACUCGUGUCUUAUCUUUGGGUGAGCGCAUCUCAUCGGUUUGGAUGCCAACAGAAAAGCAGGAGAGAAGAGCAUUGACCUAAAAUACAUUUUGGUUCAUGGGAUGGUUAGCUUUAAAGAAUAUCUUCCAAAAGAAACGCAUACGAGGAAUUUGUAAUGAGGACCAAACAAAAAAGGGGUGUUGAUGUUUUAAGAAUAUCUGGGUGUGGUGAUAAAGUAUAUAUUUUGCUAGAAUAUACUGGCUUGACAAACAACAUAAGCAUAUUGGUGAUUAGCAAUUAACUGUCAAUUGCUUUAAAAUAUUAAUUACCAAUCUUUUGCUGUUUCUCCAGCGCCUCUUGCCUCGAGAGAUAUUUACUAACUCAAAAUUAACCUGCUGUGAUAAAUCUUUUUUCCCCCUUCUUCCUAGUUCUGGAAAAUUGGUCUGGUUAAAUAGAUUUGACGUUUCGUUAUUUCUAAACUUGUGAAGCUGUCCUUUCAUUAUCCGUGUGUCCUAAACUCUGCUUUCGUUUUUGGUCAUUUAAAAAAAAAUACAAUUUCUACUUCUUUCUUUAUACAUUCAUUUUUAGUUUUUAUGUUUUAUUCAGGUCUGUAAGGAACCUUUUUUUUUUUUUCUUCCUUUCUUCUUGCAGUAAAAUUCCAUACAAAAAAACUUUCAAAUCUUUGCUAAUAUUUUACAAACAUCACCAAAAUGGGGGGGAAAAAAACAAAACAAAACAAAAAAUGCCAAUUUUGCACACAAUUAUUAGAAUUUUAUAAAAGAGAAAAAGAGCUUUUUUUCUUUUCUAAAAGGAAAGGGGGAAAAAAAACUCCAAAAGACAAACCACAUUUCUUUGCAAUGGAAUCAACUCUUAGAAACUGUUCUGUCCAGUGACUUUUUAGCAAGUAAAACUGUUAUUUGUUGGAAUAUGUGGAGGCAUUGUUAUGUGGAAGUUUUUUGACAAGAGCUUCUCACAGUUAAUUCUUUCCAGGGAGUGCCGUGGGUGAGACUCAGGUUCAUUUUGGAUCACAAUAAACAGCUAUGGACGGUAGUAACUGGUCAUAGCUUGGAUGUAUUAUUGA